AUGGAGAACUACCACAUUUUAGGGUGCAUUGGAGAAGGGUCAUAUGGAAAAGUGUACAGAGGUCAGCGCAAAUAUUCAGCCAAUGUGGUUGCUCUUAAGUUCAUUCCUAAAAUUGGGAAAUCUGAACGAGAACUGCGUGGUCUUCGGCAGGAGAUUGAAAUUAUGCGUAACCUCCAACAUGAGAACAUUGUGCAAAUGUUGGACAGUUUUGAAACAGAAGAAGAACUGGUGGUUGUGAUGGACUAUGCUGAUGGAGAACUUUACCAAAUCCUUGAAGAUGAUGGCACUUUGCCAGAAGAUCAAGUGCGACUAAUUGCUUGCCAGCUGGUGUCAGCUCUGUACUACCUGCACUCUCAUCGCAUUCUUCAUCGGGACAUGAAGCCACAGAACAUUCUUCUGGCAAAAGGAGAGAAAGUUAAACUUUGUGAUUUUGGAUUUGCCCGAGCCAUGAGUUUUGACACGCUUGUUCUUACUUCUGUGAAGGGCACUCCAUUAUACAUGGCUCCUGAAAUAGUUGAGGAACACCCAUAUGACCACACUGCUGAUCUCUGGGCCCUUGGUUGUAUUUUGUAUGAACUGUACACAGGAAUGCCACCCUUUUACACAAACAACAUCUUCCAACUGGCCAGUUUGAUUGUGAAAGACCCUGUGCGAUGGCCCAAGGACAUGAGCCCUGUUUUCAAGGACUUUUUGCAAGGUUUAUUGGCCAAGAACUCCAAGAAUAGACUCUCUUGGCCUCAUCUCCUCACCCACGAAUUUGUAGUUGAUGGAGUAAAAGCUUUGGACGAAGACUAUCAGUUGCCAAGCCCUUUCACGCAGCCUUUGUCAGCUUCGAUGGUUUUGAUGAAGGAACAACAGAUAAAAGACAAAACUCGACCUCCUGGGGUGCCAAAAAUGUUGGCCAAGGCAAGGAAAAAAGCUAUGCAAGCAAAAAAGCAAGGCUCCGUUAUUGCAUCAGCACAAAAAUACAUUUGGGAUAAUGCAGAUUCUAAUGCACCUGAUCAAAAAGAUAAUAACAAGAACCAAAAUGAAGUGGAGAAUUGCAGCCUGACUCUUCAAAGCCACAAUGGGGGAAAAGACCAUCCACGUUCUGAGGGAGAGAACCAACUAAAUGUUAUGAAAAUCAGCGACUGUAAAAGCACUAUUGAAAGUGUGAUUCUUGAAACAGAGGAUGCAGACAGUGAUGAGGAAUGGCAAGGAAUCAUUGAAAAGACAGAACGGGACGAUUAUGUUGACAAUGCUCUCAUACUACUGCAGGAUGACCGAUUCCAGAGAAAACUUGAGAGCCGUUUGGACACUGGAUAUAAGCAAGUGCUAGAUGGUAUGUUAGAAGGGGCUUCCCGAUUUAGAACUGCCCUCAGAGUCACUACUAAUCUAGUCACCCUAAAAUGUGAUAUCAGCUUGAUUACAAAUUUCUGUAGCUCUGUGGCAAUUCCAUCCUUUCUGCUCAAAACCAUAACAGCAAUACUGGAAUGUACAGAUGUGAAAAAGCAACCUUGGUGUGAACAAAUCUUCAGAGAUUUAGUGCUUGCUUUGAAUGGCUAUUUCAGUUCAGAGAUUGGCUGGAGUGACCGGCUCGAAAAGGAAAGAGUUGAAGAAUACCAAAAUGCAGCCAUACAGUUUGUUAAUCUGAUUCCAAAGUUGGUAAAUCUUCAGUUUGAUGAGGAAAAAAAAAUACAUCAGCAGACAUUUUUGUGUCUGCAGUACCUUUGUGAAGUCAUGGAUCGUAACAAGAUGUUUAUUUCACACAACUUUUAUUCUAGUCUGUCUUCAAAAUCCUCACAGACUCUCAACUGUCUCUGUAUAAUCUGUUCCUGUCUUUUCCACUUAUUCCCAUCUAUCACCCUGUCUAUCUCCCUCACAUUUCUGUUUUGUUCCUUUCUCUUUCUUUCCCCUACUAUCUCUGUCUUGCUGUCUUUCUCCUUGUUUCCAUUAGUCUCUCUACCCAACUCUCUCCAAAUUUCCAUUUUGUUCCUCUCUUUCUUUGCCUCUGUUUCCAUCAAGCUCCCUGCCUGUCUCCCCUCUCCUUUUCUAUUUAUCUCCCUGUAUGUCUCUCUGUCUUUCCUCAUGUUUCCAUCAAUGACCUUACCUGUCUUUCUCCAUUUCAAUCUAUCUUUAUGUCUGUCUCUUCUGUUGUUUCCCCUUAAUUCUUUACCUUUACCCAUCUAUCUACUUCCUCCAUUUCCCUGCCUGUCUCCCCUCCCCUUUUCUAUUUAUCUCCCUGUAUGUCUCUCUGUCUUUCCUCAUGUUUUCCAUCAAUGA